AAAACUCUCUCUCUAUAUAAUACACACAUAUACAGUUAUAUAUAUAUAUAUACUCUUAUAUUAGGACAAUUUUGAGUCAUUGUUGGACACACGCGGUCACACAGGAACUUAGUCCUGCAGAGCAGUGGAAGAGAACUUGUGCAACGUGGUAACAAGUGGCUGAACAUGUGUCCUCCACCAGAGCCACCUCCAUGGACACGUUCGUUGCUAUGUGUGAGCCUAUUCAUCACCACCAUCUCUGCACUCCUGCCUUCUACCGUUGCUCAAACCACCACUUUCCCAACCUCACCACCCUCUCACCGUCUUCUCAAAAAUAUGGACAGUGGGAAGUUCGAAUCUAAGAACAACAGUGAAUGCUCGGAAAAGAAGUGUCAUGUUUCACUAUUUAAAAGUGCGUUUAAGUUACUUGACGCGAACUUCUUCAAUGAUAGUAAGAUACUGGAGAUUGAGAAGGCUGCAAAAGAGUUCAAUAUUCCUAUAAUCACAGCCAAUCGGAAGUCUGUUGCUUCGGUUAAUGGAGGAUUACACAAUCCAUCUUGUUUGGUUUUCAACCCUGAGUGGAGCAAUGAUGAAACACAUCACAAGAGAAAACGGUUCAGUUAUCCUUCUCUCUCUAGGGUACAGAGGCCGAAAAGUGAAGAAGACAUUGCCUUUAUGAGUGUUCUUGAGUUGGGGCAACUCAUUAAGACAAAACAAAUCACGUCGGAGGAACUUACUGGGAUUUUUCUGAAGAGAUUGAAGAGAUACAAUCCUGUUCUUGAAUCUGUUGUCACUUAUACAGAAGAACUAGCAUACAAGCAAGCAAAAGAGGCGGAUCGAUUACUUGCUCAAGGAGUAUAUUUAGGUCCUCUCCAUGGGAUACCUUACGGAUUGAAGGAUAUAAUUGCAGUUCCAGGAUACAAAACAACAUGGGGUUCAAGAACAUUCAAAGAUCAAGUUCUUAACUUUGAAGCUUGGGUUUAUAAGAGGUUGAAGUCUGCUGGGGCAGUUCUUGUUGCAAAGCUUGUUUCAGGAUCAUUGGCAUAUGAUGACAUCUGGUUUGGGGGUAGGACGAGAAACCCAUGGAAUAUUGAGGAAUUCUCGACCGGUUCAUCAGCUGGUCCCGCUGCCUGCACCUCAGCAGGUAUGGUUCCAUUUGCCAUUGGUUCAGAAACAGCUGGCUCCGUGACCUUUCCUGCUGCUCGUUGUGGCGUGACUACUUUGCGCCCGACUUUUGGUACUGUUGGUCGAACCGGUGUGAUGAGCAUAUCCGAGAGCUUGGAUAAGCUUGGCCCUUUCUGUAGAAGUGCUGCAGAUUGCACAAUCGUUCUUGAUGCAAUUCGGGGAAAAGAUCCCGAUCACCUUUCUUCCAGAGAAAUUUCCCUUGGUGACCCAUUUUCAGUUGACAUCACAAAGCUAACUGUUGGAUAUCUUGAGGAUGCUGAGAUGGAGGUUGUCGAUGUGCUUCAAUCGAAGGGUGUCAAGAUGGUUCCUUUUAAACUGAAUUACACUGUCGACUCGGUUCAAGGUAUCUUAAAUUUCACAAUGGAUGUGGAUAUGUUAGCUCACUUUGAUGAAUGGCAACGCUCUAGGAAGGAUGAUGAUUAUGAAGCUCAAGAUCAAUGGCCACUCGAACUUCGCCGUGCACGUGUAAUCCCAGCUGUAGACUAUGUUCAGGCACAAAGAGCACGAGGAAAAUUAAUUCGGGAAGUAAGAGAGAGUUUCACAGUGGACGCGUUUGUUGGCAAUGCAACUGACUGGGAGAGAGUUUGCAUGGGCAAUCUUGUGGGCAUGCCUGUAAUGGUUGUUCCUACAGGAUUUACUAAAAUAUCGAACCCACCUUCAAGUGAUACUCGACGAAGGACAACCGUCGCCACAGGGAUUUAUGCUCCUCCUCAACAUGAUCACAUUGCUUUAGCAUUGGCCAUAGCUUAUCAAUCAGUCACAGAUCAUCACAAACAGCGACCGCCAAUCGACGAUCUUGGGCCAAACGACUCGAUCCCAAAUCCACCCAAAGCCACUGUUCCUCCCAGACAAUUGUGCGGUUAGAGGCUUUGGACAUGCAUCUUCAUUGUUUUGUGCAUUGGUGCCAUAUCGGUUUCACCAUUGAAAUGACUUUGUGGUAUGCACGUCUACAAUAGUUAUAUGACCUCUUUUUUCUUUUUUUUCCUCUAGAAAGUUCAAGCAAACACACACACACUUACAUAUUACUCCUAGCAGGUCUCGGACAUUCAAUUUGAUCAUGCCAUCCAGACGAAUGCCCAUUGAUCAAUAGUUAUAUAACAUAGACUGGGCAAUGUUGUUCAAAAACAAGGGCAUAGAAUACAAUGAAAAUUUUACUUGUAAUGUUAUCUCAGUAAAUGCAAAAUGAAAAUUUUACUUGUAAUGUUAUCUUAUUAUUAUUAUCAUUUUUUUUUUUUUUCAUUAGCAAAAACACUUACACACUAGCUAUUUUGAGGAUUCACCAUCCACUUUAGAAGUCAGAGAAGAUAUUACUCAUAAGGCCCUUAAUAAUUUUACAAAUUAUGGGCACUGGGUUAGCCUUUCCUUAAUAUAUGUAGAGUGGAAAAGAACGAG